ACUAGCCCACAGCUUGGAGUUGACGAAACUCCCGAAUUUUGCUCUACUACGAUAGCGGCUUCCAAAAGUCGCACCUUUUGAUGCUUCGGAUUGCUGUAAAUCUUCGUAAUUUUGUGCGGAGGCUGCUGGAUUAAUGGCGGAGGACAAUAGUGGUGGUCGGGGGAAGAGAGACUUAGCGGUUGCAUUGACGGCUUUGCCUGGUGAAGACGACGAUGGUGAAGACUACGUCAAAACCCCUCGUUCGCCCAACAAUUCAUCUACCCGCAAGGCAUGCUAUGCCGUUCUUCAGAGCUGGGUUUCAAAGAAGUUCAUGACUGGAUGUGUUGUUCUAUUUCCAGUUGCUGUUACAUUCUUCAUCACUUGGUGGUUUAUUCAGUUUGUUGAUGGUUUCUUCAGUCCUAUAUAUGAGAGACUAGGCAUUGACAUAUUUGGCCUUGGAUUCAUAACAUCGUUGAUAUUUAUUUUCUUUAUUGGUAUAUUUGCUUCAUCAUGGUUGGGAUCAACAGUAUUCUGGAUCGGAGAAUGGUUUAUCAAGCGAAUGCCCUUUGUGAAGCAUAUAUACUCAGCAUCCAAACAAAUUAGUUCAGCAAUCUCUCCAGACCAGAAUACUACUGCUUUUAAGGAGGUUGCUAUUAUCCGUCAUCCUCGAGUUGGAGAGUAUGCUCUUGGCUUUAUUACGUCAACAGUAAUUCUUCAGAGAGAUGAUGGGGACGAAGAAUUAUGUUCUGUCUAUGUUCCUACGAAUCAUUUAUACAUUGGAGACAUAUUUCUCAUUAACUCCCAAGAAAUCAUUAGGCCCAAUCUGUCGAUUCGAGAAGGCAUCGAGAUCAUUGUUUCUGUGGGAAUGACGAUGCCUCAGGUGAUUUCGCACAUGGAGAGAACCAACCAUCCGAAUUACAGGAUCCCUCCCGGUAGAAUGAUGAUAUAACCAGAUUAUAACUGAUGAUUUGAUACUCGCAGAGGCUGCUCUUCUUCUCCUUAAUGGCAGCAGUUGGUCUUACAAUAGUGCUUUUUUAGUUUCGAUAGAAUCAUCUAACCUGCUUUCGAUUUUAGUACAUAUUUAGUUCAGACAAGUUCAUACAUGCUAAUAUGCGCGCAUACACCGAGUGUACAAUUGAACUGACUGACGACUACUUGAUCCCUUUGUCCAAAUUUUGGCUUGUUGAGAGGCUUCUGUAUUUUUCAA